AUGAUCACGGCUUGUGACAUCCGCUUCUGCACGGAGGACCGCUCACAAGGUCGCUUGACGGGCACCUGGCCUCUGCGGAACCAAAUGUUCACCUGGCCAGAUGCGUACUUCCAAGCUGCUGAAGUCGAUGUGGGACUGGCGGCGGAUGUCGGUGGUCUGCAGCGGUUCCCGAAGAUCAUUGGCAACCAGAGCCUCGUUCGGGAGCUGGCGCUGUCAGGGCGAAAGAUGGCGGCCACCGAGGCCUACCAGCAGGGCUUGGUCUCGCGCGUCUGCGCCAGCAAGGAGGCGAUGAUGGCCGAGGCCCUGGACCUUGCAAAGGCCAUCGCCGCAAAGAGCCCCGUUGCAACGCUUGGGGUGAAGCAGUUCCUCAACUACGCGCGCGACCACUCCGUCGAGGAGAGUCUGGAGUACGCCAUCACCUGGAACAUGUCCAUGCUGCAAGGUGCGGACAUGGCGUUGGCGGCGGCAUCCAUGCUCCAGAAGUCCUCCCCAAGCUUCGGCAACCUGCCUCCGGCGCGCUCGAAGCUGUGA